AUGUCACGAACCAAUGGCGUUAGGAAGACGCCGCGUAUAAGUAAGAAGGUGUACCUACAGCUUAUGAGAUAUAUCCCAGUCUAUACAACGCACUUGUCAAAAGCAUGGAACUACACUAAGCGUGGACGCUCUGGGUCAUAUAAAUCAUUGCAAGCAACUGCAUCUAUAGAUAAAGGAGUCUUUAUUAUUUUAUCGGUACUGGGCACUGAAGCAAGAACACAGGAAGAAGAGGAAAGUCUGAAUGCAAGGAUUUCUACUUCCAAAA